CAUGCUUGCAAUACAUGGCAUGAUCAAAUGAAUUCUCUGAGAAGAAUCGACAACAACAACAACAACAAACAACAAUCCUAAUAAUAAUAAUAAUAACAUCAUCAUCAUUAUUGCAUCGUAUAAAAUAUUGCACAAACAAUGUGCACAAAAUUUUCUACAAACAAUGUUGAUAGUUUUUAUUUGAAAUUCACCAACAUUAAUCAACAAAUUUGAUUCUGCAUUAUUUAUCGUCUUGUAAAUUGCCAUCAACAACAUGAUGCAUUCAUUCAUAGAUUAUAUCCAUUUAGAUUAAUAUAUGAUGUUAUGGUGGUACUGAUCACAUGAAUUGAUUUGGUUUCCUUCGUUCAUAAUAGUAUUUCGUUUAUUUUUGUUGUCGUUCGAUUGAUCAUUGGUUGUUAUUCUAUAUGAGCAAUCGCAAAAUGAAAAUAUCCUAUUGGCGGAUAGUUGACGACAAAUAUCGUUCUUUUGGUCGUAUUUCCUGUGCAUCAUCAUCAUCAUCAUACACUAUAGUGUAUAUUUGUCGUAUUGUAUUGUUAAUAUUAUCAGUUGAAUAGUUUUUUUUUCGUAUAUAAUCAAUAUAUAAAACACAGUUAGUGAAUGUAAAUAGUGCAAACCCGUAGAAGCUACCAUCAUUACGAAAAAAAAACAAAUUUUUUUUUCUACAUUCACAUUCGUCGACAGAUAGUUGAAGACAUCAGUCACAAACAUCUUCAUUAUCAUUAUCACCAUCAUCAACAACAACAACAAUAAUAAUAAUAAUUAUUGUCGCCUCUUGAUUUGAUAUCGCAUCGAUGAUUAUUGCCGCCAUAUCAUUAUUGAAAACAUGUCACAAGUUAAAUUUCAACGUCAAAUCGGUUUAUUUAAUGGCAUUUGUUUUGUCGUUGGCACCAUUAUUGGUUCUGGUAUAUUCAUUUCACCGAAAGGGGUUUUCCAAUUUGCCGAUUGUUCAUAUUUCAAUGCCAUAACUGUAUGGAUUAUCUGUGGAUUGUAUUCAAUGCUUGGCGCCCUUUGCUAUUCAGAAUUGGGUACCACCAUUCUUCGAUCUGGUGGUGAUUAUGCAUACAUAAAAUCAGGAUUUGGUUCAAUGCUUUCAUUCGUGUAUUUAUGGCUUAAUGUGAUAAUAUUGAAGCCAGCUGCUCAAGCCAUCAUAUCGUUAACAUUUGCCUAUUAUCUUAUUGGAACAUUUACUGCCACUAAAAUUAUGGACAACGAUAACGAUGAUGAUGGUUACAUCAAUAGCCAAUGUAGGCUUGAUUCAUCCAAUCAACAAUUGGAAAUAUCUACACGAAUCAUUGCAGCUCUAACGAUAAGUUUACUUGCCUUAAUCAAUUGUAUCAACAUAAAAUGGGCAAUUGGAAUGCAAAACAUAUUCACUUAUCUCAAAGUAUUAGCAUUGUCCGCAAUCAUUGUUUCCGGUAUUGCCAUCUAUACAUUCGAUAAAUUACAAUUACAAUCGAUUACAGGCGGAAAUAAUAAUACAUUAUCAUCAUCAUUAUAUUCAUCAUCAUCGAUGGUAAAUGAUUUAUGGGAAGAGGAUGGAAAAAAAUUCGAUUCAUCCAAAUGUAAUUCAAUGUAUUCGUUGGCCAUUUAUUCAGGAUUAUUUGCAUUCGGUGGAUGGAAUUAUCUAAACAUUGUCACCGAUGAAUUGGAAAAUCCUUACAAAAAUCUUCCUCAAGCAGCAAUGGCUGGCAUCCUUAUCUCAACAGUGAUUUAUGUGCUUGCCAAUUUUUCAUAUUUUCUCAUAUUAACACCGAAUGAAAUUCUUGCCCGUGACGCUAUCGCCUUGACAUUUGGAAGGAAAAUUAUUGGUCCAUUUGGAAAUUCUUUGAUUUCAUUUUCAAUUGCCAUAUCAACGCUUGGUAGCUUAAAUGCCACCAUAUUCACAACGUCAAGGUUAUUCUGUAUAGCAGCCCAAGAAAAGCAUUUACCAUCAAUGAUUGGAAUGUUACAUCAUGAACGUUAUACACCGAUUAUAUCUUUGAUAUUUUCUGUAUUGAUCACGAUUAUUAUGUUUCUUGGGCAAGACAUUUUUGCUUUGAUCAAUUAUUUUAGUUUCACUAACUGGCUUUGGACUGGCGUUGCUGUGCUUUCGGGCAUUGUAUUGCGACAUAACUGUAAAGAUAUGGAUCGUCCAAUUCGUCUACCAUUAUGGUUACUAUAUCUUUUCGUACUGUCAUGUCUAUUUCUUACCAUAUUGGCCGUACAUAAUGAUUUCCAAAAUUCAUUGAUCGGUUUUGCUUUGAUGUUAUCGGGUAUACCUGUAUAUUUUUUGAAAAUUUUUCUCGAAAAAGAACAAUUAAAUUUCGAUUGUAUAAAAGUUUUUUUACAAAAACUUUUUCUCAUUGUCGAAACGGAUACGGAUGAUUUGUAAAAAAUACAAUUCAAUAUAAUUAAUAUAAUUGUUGUAAGUGAUAUAAUUGAUUUUCAUCAUCAACAAGCCAUACAUUUAUAACAAAAAAA